AUGAACUACAUUCACCAUCCAUACGCCUUCGCUGGCCACCCCGGCGUGUCAAUGGAGCAACACCUUGGCUACGACCCGGCAAUGGUUCACCCUUCUAUGAUGCACCCAAUGGAUGGCUAUAUUUACGCUCAUCCCCCCUUUGACAUGGUCGACUACUAUCACCAGCCUAUAAUGGAUUACGAAGAAUACGCCGAAAACCUCUCGCGGCCGAGGUUGACCAAGGAGCAGGUUGAAACCUUGGAGGCCCAGUUUCAGGCGCACCCGAAGCCCAGCAGCAAUGUCAAGCGCCAAUUAGCCGCCCAAACAAACCUUAGCCUUCCUCGUGUUGCUAACUGGUUUCAAAACCGACGAGCCAAGGCGAAGCAGCAGAAGCGACAAGAGGAAUACGAGCGCAUGCAAAAGGCAAAGGCGGAGGCCGAGGAGGCCGCCAAAGCCAAACCCGAGCCUUCGGACUCCCCAGAGUCUGCUGCCGAACCCAAUGAUGAGAAGGAGGAUAACAGCAAAGUUUCUACCCCCAAACCGUCAAAACCAUCCUCAUCUGGCAACCAAAAACAACCAUCUGAUGUCUCUGCCGGGUCAAAACAUCAGCAGACACGCAGUGAGGCUUUCCGUGCCGCCAGUCUUGCCUCGCUACAGCGAGCCUUGGAUGCAGCAGCAGCAGCACAGUACAACCCGGAUGGCCAGGGUCUGACAAGCGUGGAGGGAUCAGUGUCUCCAACCACAUCUCUCCCAACCGACACUGAUGCAUCUGUUUGGAACUCUGUAACAUCGACCGGGGAAUUGUCCGUUCCUGGGUUCGACAACUCGCAACCUCUAUCUGACUAUCCUUCGACUAAUGAUGGGGGUGCUGCUCCCUAUAACUCAAUGCAAUAUGCUCUGCAGUCUGAUGUGGAUAUCGGGCAACGGGGAUCUUCGGAUGUGCUUUCUGACUCGCUCGAGGGAAUUGGUAUUACGACUUCGCCUGGUCUCUCGCAGCUCGGUAACCGGACUGACCGAGCUCCAGCCUGGAAGGAGGCGGGCAAGGAGCUUGAUCUUGCUGCCCGCAGAAAGCGACCAAGGCCUGCUGCGAUUGGCACGUCCAGAUCAACAUCCAUACUAGCUGGGCCUCCGGCCAUGUCACCAACGACGCGGGGGCAGAACUAUGGCAGCGUGAAACACUCCAAGUCUGCACAAUGCCUUAACUCGCGCUAUGCUGGUGUUCGAAAGGCCUCUUCACAGCGUUCGCCCUUGAACAUGUCGACCUUUACGGAGGCUGGAGUACUGAGCUCUGCGAAGACCGAAUUGUCAACAAUGCUGCAGCCGGUCACAACCAACUCGCUGGCCCCGCCAACACCUUUGACGCCGGAGGACCUUCACCAUCUGCUCCCCAAUACGCCUUCUACUGAUAGCUAUUGUCUGUCGGCGCAGCCCACUAGCCACAUGUUCCCCACAACGCAACCCAUGCAGAUCAACAUUGCAUCGCCCCCAGCUACACCAUUGGGCAUGGAAAUGAUUUCCCCAUAUCAGUAUCAAGGGGUCGCGCCACCAAUGUCAGCACCGGCCCAUUUCACCUCAUUCGCGGAUUAUGGGUGCGAUAAUGGUCUACCAAGGAGGGGCUGGGAGGCGACUUCGAUGCCGUCUCCGGACGGCCCGUUCCCUGGCCAUUGUCAAAUGGACCUUUCCUCAAUAUCCUACGAGCAGGCUCUCGAGCAAAGCCACUCUGAAAGUGGAGCUUCGGGGUCUCCGUUCGGCGAUGCGGACAUGCAAACGUCGGGGGACGCAAAGGCUACAGAGUUCCAUCUGUACGAGUUCCCGGACCAAGAAGAAGCUCACCGGUUCGUGGCUCAGCAGCUUCCGUCUCAGAAGCCCAAGGCGUAUACCUUUGCGAACAACCAAACCCCAACCAACUUCGGCUGA